CUCGAUGUUGGACCUCCCACUUUUGUGCUGGGCUCGUCUCCCCCCGCCGGACAGCAACACCGUGUGGAUCCCGCCUGUGUCGCGGCGGCAAUGUCCGGUACCGGGAGCUGAGCUGGGGAAAGGCGUGAAGGUGGAGCUGGAGUAAUGGACCAGCCGGAACUGUUCGAGAGCGUGCGGGACGCUGUGGGGCGCGGGGUCAAGCUGACCCUGAGGCGCAAGGUGCAGCUGGAGGUCAAAGGUGAAAAGGUGGAGAACAAAGUGCUGGCCUUAGCGUCGCAUCGAGCCUUCCUGCUGUCAGCACGCGUCCCCUCCAAGGUGGAGCAGUCCCUCAGCUACCUGGACAUCCAGGGUAUCCAUAGCAACAAGGCGACGCAGGUGGUGCUGGAAUGCGAGCGCGGCCCGUGGACGCUUUGGUUGAGCUCACUGGAGGAAGUGGAUGAAGUGAUCGCUCAUGUCGGGUUCUGUCUGCUGAGGAUCUGCCCGGCCAUGAAGCUGAUGAAGAAGGUGAGCGUGAAGCCUCCGGAGCGAGCCGCCACCUUGCGCGCCAUCUGGGAGCAGCAGGGCCCGCUGGACCUGGGACCAUGUGGAGGAUUCUCUCAUCAGUACCGCUGUGUGUGUGAGCACCUCAACCUGCCCUACAGGGACGAGGUCCAGUGGGAUGUGGACACCAUCUACCUGAGCCAGGACACCAGAGAGCUCAACCUUCAGGACUUCAGUCACCUGGACAGCAGGGAUCUGGUGGCCAUCGUGGGCGUGCUGGAGUUCAACCAGUGGUUCACAAAGUUGGUCUCCAAGGACGUCAAACUGUCCACAGACGUGUGCGAGCAGAUCCUGCGAGUCGUAUCCCGAUCCGGUCGCCUUGAGGAGCUGGUUCUGGACAACGCCGGGCUCAAAAGUGACUUUGCUCACAGGAUGUCGCUGGCCUUGUCUCAUAACCCCGCCUCCUCGCUGCACACCCUCAUCCUCAGCAACAACGCUCUGGAAGACAAAGGCGUGUGUCUUCUGAGUGGUCAGCUGACCAAACUUGCGACAGGUCUGAAGCAGUUGAAUCUCAGCAGGAACUCCUUGUCUCCCAAAGGCAUCAACUUCCUGUGUCAGGCUCUGUGUGUAAACCCCAGCAUGGCCGCCACCCUCACACACUUGGAACUGUCGGGAAACUCGCUUAGAGGAGACGACCUGCAGAACCUACACAACUUUUUGAGUCAUGACAACCACUUACAACUCCUGGAUUUGUCCUGCAGUGACUGCUCACUGGAGCAGACAUCAGCGUCUCUGCUCAAAGGAUGUUUGAAGCACCUCAGUGUUCUCAACAUGUCAAAGACUGUCUUCUCUCACAGGAAGUGCAAAGAGGUUCCUCCAUCCUUCAAACAGUUCUUCAGCUCGUCUUUGGCUCUGACUGCGGUCAACGUGUCGGGAACCAGACUUCCUGCGGAAGCACUCAAGGCGCUGCUGCUGGGUCUGGGCUGCAACCCCAACCUCAGCGACGUGUCUCUGGAUUUGAGCAGCUGCGAGUUGCGCUCAGCAGGAUCUCAGAUCUUGGAGGGCUGCAUCGCUGAGAUUCCCAACAUCUCCAGUCUGGACAUCUCAGACAACGGUCUGGAUGGAGACCUGAGCACGCUGUUGGUCUGGCUGGCCAAGAACCGCUCUGUCCGCCAUCUUUCACUGGGAAGAAACUUCCAGAACAUCAAGUCAAAGAAUGUGGCUCCGGUCCUGGACAACCUGGUCCACAUGAUCCAGGAGGAAGAGUCACCGCUGACCUCGCUGUCGCUAGCAGAUUCCAAGCUGAAGGGCGAGCUCACCAUCGUCCUCAACGCUUUGGGUAGCAACGCCUCUCUCACCAAGCUGGACAUCAGCGGGAACGCCAUGGGCGACAUGGGCGCCAAGAUGCUGGCCAAGGCCCUGCAGAUCAACACCAAGCUCAGGACGCUUAUCUGGGACAGAAACAACGCCAACCCUCAAGGUCUGCAGGAAGUGGCGUCCGCUUUGGAGAAGAACUUCACCAUCCGAUUCAUGCCGAUUCCCAUCGUUGAUGCUGCUCAGGCGCUCAAGAUCAACCCGGAAAAGACGGAAGAUGCCCUGCUGAAGAUGGAGCGCUUCCUGCUGAGGAACCACGAAACCCGGAAGUACCUCCAGGAGCAGGCGUACCGGCUGCAGCAGGGCAUCGUCACCAGCACCACCCAACAGAUGAUGGACACCAUGUGUGUCAAGGUUCAGGAUCACCUGAACUCACUGAUGUUCUCCCAGAGCCACGUAAUCCAGGAUGACAUGAAGGUUGCAGAGAAUCUGAUGAACGAUGCCAGGAACUCCAAGACCCUGCUCCCCAGCCUGUACCAUGUGAAGAGCGGCGCCCUACAUGGGGCCAUCCAGGACAAACUGAAGUCGCUGGCAGGAGAGGUGGCAGCCACAAUGGAGGAUGAGUUGCAGAUGAUGCUGGCAUCCAUGUUGGACGCCGCAGAGGGUCUGUGUCCUCAUGUCAUUAAGAGGAGCGGCCUUCGUCAGGAGUUGCUGAGGGCGGGGGCCGAGAGGAUGAUAGUCCCUCGCAGCUUUGUCACCGCCACACUGCUGGAGCAGUCGGGCGUUGACAUCGUUAACAAAAUUAGUGAAGUGAAGCUCAGCGCGGCGUCCUUUGUCUCCGAUCGUAUUGUGGACGAGAUCCUGGACUCUUUGUCCACAUGGCAGCACACGCUGGCUGAGCAUGUGACCAGGAAAGGCCAGCCUGUGUUGCGUCCCGAGUCUCAGGAGACAGAGGUUCUAGACGAGAUGGUUCUGCAACCGGAGCGCCUCGAGGAGGAAGGUGACCGUCAGCUGGAGGACGCAGACACUGGCUUGAUGAUGGCCCAGUCCAAGAGGAAGAGUAUUCUGGUUCGGAUGCUGCGGCCCGUCUCGGUGGCUUUUGAGAUGGAGUUUGACCUGGACAAGGCUCUGGAGGAGGUGCCCAUCCAUGUGGUGGACCCGCCUCCCUCCCAGCCUGAAAAAAUGCCCUCAUCCACCCCUGCAUUGGAGGAGCUGCCACACAUGGAGCACCAGACACUGCAGCAUCACACCAAAGUGCGACCUCGGCCCAAGAAGAGAAACAAACCCAGCAGAGUCGCCCACGUCGCAGCCACUUCAGCACCUCAAGGGGCGGAGCAUCAGGGCAUCAUGGCAAAGGUUGACGAGGGCGUGGAUGAGUUCUUCUCCAAGAACAUCAUGAAAGUCAGCUUUAAACGUCCCGUCGCACAAGUGGUGCCAGCGAGCACGCAGGAGGCGCCUGAAAAGAAGCGGGAAUCCAGGAGGAGUGGUUUCUUCAACCUGAUCAAAUCUCGGACGUCCCGCUCAGAGAAGAGCCAGGGGACGGCCUCAAUCAGUCCGCCUCCGCCAGUGUCCCCCACCUUUGUUCCCCCCUUAUCCUCUGUCAGCAAGGAGCUUCCGCCCAUGUCCCCUGGGGCGCUGCAUAGGGAUGACAGCUAUUCCGACACGGAUGCCUCACCGGGCCCUGCUGGGGUGGCCAAGAAGGAGGAGGGAGAGAAGGAGGACAGCAUGGAGUCGGACCAUCCGGUCGUCCCGCGUCACCUUGGAAUUCCGGUCAUGGCCUCUGACCUUCUGGCUGAGAUGAAGGCGCGACAGGAGAAGAUGGUGGCUCAGAAGCCGUCCUCCAAAGAAGAUGGACACCUGGACGUCUCACAACCUGGACCAGUGGCCGCCCCCAGGUCCAAAACCCCCACUGUUAACCCCAAAGCAGCCCCCCCUCAACUCUGCAAAACCCCACUGGAGGAACAGGAAGUGCUGCGUACAAACUUCCUGUCAGAGAAUUCCACUCCUGAAGCUCUCAAAGGUCCCAUUCCUGCUCCUCGCCUGAAGAGAUUGCCGUCUGCACCGGAACCCGAGUGCCACGAUGGAGUAUCGGCUUCUUCUGGGGACGUCUUGGAUCUUCCCGCCUCGAGGAGCGACCCCGGCGGGGGCGAUAGGGCGUGGUCAUCGCUGAAGAGGUGUGCCCGCCCCCCUUGGAGGUGUGAAGAGGAGCGGGAACGCGCCAAGUCCCUCCCCGCCGACGUGCGGAACCCUCAGGCCCCCUCCGGGAGACGUAGGUCUGGGGAGGAGGGGCCGACGUCAGCUGACAACCAAUCGGAGGCCGCUCCAGACGACGGCGUCGAUCAAGCCUGAGUCAGAGUCUUCCUUGACUUGUUUCCUGUCACAUGACCCAACUCUUCCUUUUGGCUUUUAGUAUUUGCGUCGUUUGUGUGUCAUUGGUGUGUAUUUCUAUUUUGACACAAUUUCCAAACAAAUAAACAGGCUAGUAAGAG